GUCAAUGAAGAAAACUCCCCCAACAGAGGCUCCUGCAGAGCCCAAGGAGGAUCCUGUGCCAGAGGAGCCGGUUCCUGCACAGGUACCAGCAGUGGAGGACAUAGACAAGGAGCAGCUGGGUGAUCCCUACGCCAACGCAGAGUACGCCAAGGAGAUCUUUGAAUACAUGCGGGGAAGAGAGGGGGGUGACCAGGGUGAGAAAUUCAUGCUCCCUGACUACAUGGAGAAGCAGCCAGACAUCAGCGGGGACAUGCGUGCCAUUCUGGUGGACUGGAUGGUGGAAGUGCAGGAGAACUUUGAGCUGAACCAUGAGACGCUGUACCUGGCUGUGAAGCUGGUGGACCACUACCUGGUGGAGGUGGUGAGCAUGAGGGACAAGCUGCAGCUCAUCGGCUCCACUGCCAUCCUCAUUGCCUCCAAAUUUGAGGAGCGGUGCCCACCAUGUGUGGAUGAUUUCCUCUACAUCUGCGAUGACGCCUAUAAGCGGGAAGAGCUCAUUGCUAUGGAGAUGAGCAUCCUCAGCACCCUCAAGUUUGACAUCAACAUCCCCAUCCCUUACCGCUUCCUGCGACGCUUUGCCAAGUGUGCCCGUGCCACCAUGGAGACGCUGACACUGGCCCGCUUCCUCUGUGAGAUGACCCUGCAGGAGUACGACUACGCCCGGGAGAGCCCCUCGAAGCUGGCUGCCAGCUGCCUGCUGCUCGCACUUACCAUGAAGAACCUUGGUGGCUGGACCCCCACACUGGAGUAUUACAGCGGGUACUGCUCUCAGGACCUGCAUCCCCUGGUGAAGAGGCUGAAUUUCCUGCUCACAUACCAGCCCCGUGACAAGCUGAAGGCUGUGCGCACCAAGUACUCACACAGGGUCUUCUUUGAGGUUGCCAAAGUCACCCCCAUGGAUAUGCUUAAGCUGGAGGAGAUACUGAAGAGCUGCUAG